AUGCUGCGCUUUUGCACCCGUGCUGGAGCCGUCCUCAAUGUCUACAGUGCCGCCCGCCAACAGUCGAGCAUCGUCGACGAAUUGAAGGGGACGAUUCUGGCGCGUCACAAACUUGACGCUCCAAGGAUCAAGGCCCUGAAGGAGAAGUGCGGAGGCGAGAAGCUGAGCGAUGCGACCGUCGGGGCCGCCUACGGUGGCAUGCGUGGGAUCACUGGCCUGGUGUACGAGCCCUCGCUGCUCGACGGGAUGCACGGCAUUCGUUUCCGUGGCAUGACGAUCCCCGAGUGCUGCGAGCAGCUGCCCAAGUCGUGGUUGGGGGGCUCCUCGCCGCUGCCGGAGGGCGUGUUUUGGCUCCUCAUGACCGGCUCCGCCCCCACGGACAAGCAGAUGCGGGAGAUGCACGUUGAGCUGCACCGCCGCGCCGACAGUGAGGCGAUCGCCGCCGCCACGAAAGCCAUUGCCGCACUCCCUGCACACACGCACCCGAUGACGCAGUUCUCCGCUGGUGUGCUUGCCCUCCAGGCCUUCUCCAAGUUUGCGCCUGCCUACGAGGACGGCCGCGCCGUCAAGUCGAACUACUGGGACUAUGCCCUUGAAGACAGCCUGGAUAUUAUUGCCCGCACGCCCCAAUUGGCGGCUGUGAUUUACAACCGCAUGCGGACUGGCAAGACGGAAUUGGCGGCGCCCAGCAACCGUGACCUAGAUUGGACCGCCAACUUUGUGAACAUGCUGGGCUUCAAGGACGAAAACUUCUGGGACUGCAUGCGCAUGUACCUCGCCAUCCACGCCGACCACGAGGGCGGCAACGUCUCGGCACACACGACGACUCUGGUUGCCUCGGCGCUGAGCGACCCGUACCUGGCCUUCUCUGCGGGCCUCAACGGCCUGGCGGGUCCACUGCACGGCUUGGCGAAUCAGGAGGUUCUCACCUACCUCUUCGAGAUGCGGGACAAGUGCAAGGCGGCCGGCGUGGAUUUGAAGGAUCGCAAGGCGCUGGAGGCGGGUCUGGAGAAGUUCACGUGGGAGCGUCUGAAUGCGAAGCGUGUGGUGCCCGGCUACGGGCAUGCCGUGCUGCGCGUGCCGGACCCCCGCUAUAUCUGCCUCCGCGACUACUGCCUGAAGCACCUGCCCAACGACGAACUCUUCUUCCUUGUCGACACCAUCUAUUCCAUCAUGCCAGGCAUCCUGACCAAGCACGGCAAGUCGAAGAACCCCUACCCGAACGUGGACGCCCACUCUGGGGUGGUGCUUCAGUACUACGGCCUCACGGAGCAGGCGUUCUACACGGUUCUGUUCGGCCUCUCGCGGCAGCUCGGUGUGCUGAGCGGCGUUGUCUGGGACCGGCUGCAGCAACGCCCCAUCGAGCGCCCGAAGUCCACCACGUCUGAGGCACUCUUCAAGAAGUUCAACAUUCAGUAG